AUGACGACGAGGAUGACGACGAUGGCGGAGAAGAAGAAGAGAGAGCCGAUGAAGUCUCCGAUCGAGGAUACGGUAGAGAGAAUGCUCCGGAGUGAGUCCUCCUUUCUCCAGAAUCAUCCGAUCAUUGUUCAUUUUCAGUCCGAUGGCUUGUUUGCCUCGGAGCACUUCUCCCCGGCGCUGGAUGCUAUUUCGUGGUGUCCUACACUUACAUUUUCCAGUUUGAGAAAGUUUCCAACUUCUCCGAAUGCAAAGAGUGUCCCAAUUUGAACAUGUGAGUGCUUUUGACAUGUUUGACUUCAUUUAUUCUUUUUUUAGUACCUUACCACCGGUCUCCUACUCGAUCGGUAUUUGGGAGCCUCAAAAGUAUAUUUGGAUGAUGAUCAUGUUCAUUCAUCUCCCGCCAAGACUCACUUUCCUCACGGUAUUCAUGGUUUCACUUGCAGGUCACUUUACAUCUGAACUUUCCAGCUCUACCGUCGAUUGUUCCUCAAUUCUGCUCCAAAAUCGGAAUGGUAUCGAAGGAUAAACUACAUCUACAUGCUCACUUUGUGGGCAGAACCGUUCGGACUCAUUCUGGUGUCUGUGGUCGAUAUCAACGGAGGAUUCAGUGAGUUCGCCCGCCUAAAACCUUCUGUUCCAAUCCUAUUUCAGUGUUGCACGCCAUCGGAUUCGCUAUCUGGAUCAUUUGCUUCAACUUCAACAUGCUUUUCAACAUCCUUCUCCAUCACUUCGGAGGAUGUCGUGACGUUCAUGAUCGGGUAACCUUUGAGAAACCCUCGAGAUCCGUUGAAGAUACGCUUUCAGAUGGAAACGACGUGGCGGAUCAAGUGUGUCAUCUUCUUGGUCGGAUACUUUUGUGCCAUCUCAACACCAAUAACUUACCCCUAUUUCAUGGCGCAUUGCUCUCCACAUGGUUCGUGAUCCCUUCCGUUCCUUCAGUUAAAGCUCCUCUCUUUUCUACAGCCUACAACCUAUUCUCCCUAGCUGAGCUCAUCGAAGUCGGUUGCAACUCCCUGUUCUAUGCCAUCGCCUACUUUGAAUUCCCCAAGACUCGGAUCACAAUCGGCAUCAAAAGUGUGCAGAAGAACCUCGACGAACUCGACAAGAAAGUGCUCCGAAUGGCUCCCGCCCUCCUCAUAAACCGGUCGUCUGACCUCCUCUCUCCGUCACCUCUUCCUUCUGAAACGGGUUAUUUCAGCUCCUUUUCAUCAUUCGAAUCCCAUGUGUUUGUACAUAGAGUUUUACCGUAUUACGAAUGAAAACGUGUAACUUUGUGACACCCAGUCUACGAAUAAAGAUAAAAGAUAAGAGAAUCCGACGUGAAACAGUCUUUGAAAGGUUUUCGGUUCAUUUCGAGAGGACCGGGACACGAAGAAUGGCGCCGACCGUAGCUUGUGAGUUCAAGUAAUUCUGGAAGAAAAAUCAUGAGCAGUGUCAGAUUUUUAGACCACUUUAAGCAGGUUCCAAAUGGUUCAGAAUGCUUUCCAUUUCCUGAAUUCCAGUUAAUUUCCUUUUUCAGUUGCCGGAAACGAUCAAACCAACUUCGGACAGCGUGAGUUCAAUGUGAUUCCAAUUGAAGUUCCGACCAUAUUCUUGCAGAUGUCAUCACGAGUCAAGUUCAAGAAACCGUGCACAUCUUCAUGGCACUCAUAGUCAUCAUGAUUCUCAUUUUUCUGGCUGUUCAUGUAAGAGAAGAGCAAGUUCAGUCGUAGGACAGUAUUAGCUUACAGUUGUUCAUUCGAUUUCACUACAAGGCCAAGACGGAAUACGCUCUCAAUGAGCUCAAGGAGAAAUUCGAGAAGAACAUGAAGGACCGUCUCCGUACGCGCUGCCGAAAGAUACGAAGAAAACGAAGGAGACGGGAGUGAAGCCCGUCGAAGUGGUUCUAGAACCGGAGCAGCUCGCGCCGAUCAUGCACCAUGUGGCUCUCGCGGCGCCCGGAAAGAUCGAGGAACCCAACAAGAACGUCUACUACAAAUCAAAUCCCUGA